AAACAAAAAGAUUUUCAAAAUCCCACUGCAAAAUCUCAUAAUCAACUUCGUUCAAGACAAACAGCCGCUUAGAUUUUCGCCAAGGAGAAAACCCCACUACCCAAUAUUCAUUCAUCGCAAUUCGCAAGGUUUUUGCUUUUAGUGUUUAAAGAAGAGUGAUUAGAAUGAACCCAGAAAAGUUCACCUACAAGACCAAUGAGAUCCUUGCCGAGGCUCAUGGGCUGGCUAUGAAUGCAGGGCAUGCACAAUUUACGCCUCUGCAUAUAGCCGUGGCCUUGCUGUCAGACCACAAUGGAAUUUUCCGGCAAGCCAUCGUCAAUGCCAGUAGCAGCGAGGAAACGGCGAACUCGGUCCAGAGGGUGUUCAAUCAAGCAAUGAAGAAACUGCCGGCGCAGACCCCACCGCCGGACGAAAUCCCGGCCAGCACGUCGCUGAUCAAGGUGAUCCGGCGAGCACAGGCGCUGCAGAAGGCCCGCCAGGACUCGCAUUUGGCAGUUGAUCAGUUGAUUUUGGGGCUUUUGGAGGAUUCUCAGGUCGGAGACCUUUUGAAGGAAGCCGGAAUUAGCUCUGCUAGGGUUAAAUCGGAGGUAGAGAAGCUGCGAGGAAAGGAAGGGAGGAAAGUGGAGAGUGCUUCUGGAGAUUCUACUUUCCAAGCACUGAAAACGUACGGCCGUGAUCUGGUGGAGCAGGCCGGAAAACUUGAUCCCGUGAUCGGUAGAGACGAAGAGAUUCGAAGAGUUGUUAGGAUCCUUUCGAGGCGAACGAAGAACAAUCCGGUCCUCAUUGGAGAGCCCGGGGUGGGAAAAACAGCUGUUGUUGAAGGAUUAGCACAAAGAAUUGUCCGGGGCGAUGUCCCGAGUAACCUUGCUGAUGUUAAGCUUAUAGCAUUGGACAUGGGAGCACUGGUUGCUGGAGCAAAGUACAGAGGGGAAUUCGAGGAAAGGUUGAAAGCUGUGUUGAAGGAAGUAGAAGAAGCAGAAGGGAAAGUGAUUCUCUUCAUUGACGAGAUUCAUUUGGUUUUGGGCGCUGGCCGAACCGAGGGGUCUAUGGAUGCUGCAAACCUCUUCAAGCCAAUGCUCGCGAGGGGCCAAUUGAGGUGCAUUGGCGCCACGACCCUCGAGGAGUAUAGGAAAUACGUGGAGAAGGAUGCAGCGUUCGAGAGGCGAUUCCAGCAGGUUUAUGUCGCUGAGCCUAGCGUUCCCGACACGAUUAGUAUCCUUCGGGGGUUGAAGGAGAGGUAUGAAGGGCAUCAUGGUGUUAAGAUUCAGGACAGGGCACUUGUGGUUGCAGCACAGCUCUCUUCUAGGUACAUCACGGGGCGCCAUUUGCCCGAUAAGGCUAUAGACUUAGUUGAUGAGGCUUGUGCCAAUGUGAGAGUUCAGCUUGACAGUCAGCCCGAGGAAAUUGAUAACCUCGAGAGGAAAAGGAUUCAGUUGGAAGUAGAACUUCACGCCCUCGAGAAGGAAAAAGACAAAGCUAGUAAAGCUCGGCUUGUUGAUGUAAGGAAGGAGCUCGAUGAUUUAAGGGAUAAGCUCCAGCCUCUGAUGAUGAAAUACAACAAGGAAAAGGAAAGGAUUGACGAACUCCGUAGUCUCAAAAAGAAGCGGGAUGAACUCCAGUAUGCUCUGCAAGAAGCCGAGAGGCGGUAUGAUCUUGCUAGAGCUGCAGAUUUGAAAUACGGGGCGAUUGAAGAGGUGGAAACCGCAAUUGCCAAGCUCGAGAAUACGGUCUCGAGUGAGGAUGCAAUGUUAACCGAGACUGUUGGACCUGACCAAAUCGCGGAAGUAGUGAGCCGGUGGACUGGAAUACCGGUUACGAGGUUGGGUCAGGAUCAGAAAGAGAGAUUGAUUGGGCUUGCUGAGAGAUUGCACCAGAGAGUGGUAGGACAGGAUCAAGCCGUGAGCGCUGUUGCGGAGGCUGUGUUGAGGUCGAGAGCGGGACUCGGGAGGCCACAACAACCAACUGGCUCAUUCCUUUUCUUGGGACCAACCGGUGUUGGGAAGACUGAGCUUGCCAAAGCUCUUGCGGAGCAAUUGUUUGAUGAUGACAAAUUGAUGAUUAGGAUUGACAUGUCUGAGUAUAUGGAACAACACUCGGUUGCCAGACUAAUUGGAGCCCCACCUGGCUAUGUUGGGCAUGAGGAAGGCGGUCAGCUGACAGAAGCUGUAAGGAGACGACCUUACAGCGUAGUCCUUUUCGAUGAAGUUGAAAAAGCCCAUCCUAGCGUCUUCAACACCUUACUUCAGGUUCUAGACGACGGAAGGCUAACGGAUGGACAAGGCCGCACAGUUGAUUUCACCAACACUGUUAUAAUCAUGACUUCUAACAUCGGAGCAGAGUAUCUCCUGAAUGGACUCCUGGGCAAAUGCAGCAUCGAGAGUGCCCGGGAAAUGGUGAUGCAGCAGGUGCGGAAGCAUUUCAAGCCAGAGUUGCUGAACCGGCUGGACGAGAUAGUAGUGUUUGAUCCUUUAUCUCACGAGCAAUUGAGGAAAGUGUGCCGGUUCCAGUUGAAAGACGUGGCAGUCCGCCUAGCGGAGAGGGGCAUCGCCUUGGGAGUAAGUGAGGCUGCACUGGAUGUUGUAUUGGCACAAAGCUAUGAUCCGGUGUACGGGGCUAGGCCGAUUAGGAGAUGGCUGGAGAAGAAGGUGGUGACUGAAUUGUCGAAGAUGCUGGUGAAAGAGGAAAUCGAUGAGAACUCAACUGUGUACAUAGAUGCUGCAUAUAACGGGAAAGAGCUGUCGUAUAAGGUGGAGAAGAACGGCGGGUUGGUUAACGCCGCCACGGGACAGAAAUCUGAUAUACUGAUUGAAGUCCCUACUAGUAAUGGCAGUAUGAGUGAUGCUGCUCGGACUGUUAAGAAGAUGAAGAUCGAAGAAAUAGAUGAAGAUGAAGAGAUGGAAGAUUGAAACCCAACCCUAGAAGUUAUAAUAAUAUGAUGUUUUAUAGAGUGUAAAUUUUUGUUUGGCCCCAAGGCCUUUAAUUUGCUGCAUUGUAUCGAUAACUUUUUGACUUUUUGUUUGUUCAUAUGGUUGUCA